CAAGUGUGUAAGUCAAUUCCUUGUUCGAUAACGAAGAAUCGAUCAUACACUGAAUGAAAAGUAUACGGUCUUGUUCGUUGCAACCAAGUAUAUGUGAAGUAAAGUAAGAAUUUAGAUUUAUUAAAAGCGUUGCUCCUAAGGUCGAAUAGCAAAUCAAACCUACACUUAGCUACAAAAUGCGUGAUAUGACUAUGUGCACAAACCUCAUGCCUCCCAUGGCGGGUACGGCCAAGCUAGCUAACCGUCAACCAGUAAAGCAAAAGGAGAAUACUUCACUGUCAUGGGUUCCGUGUGUAGGUGCUCUCCUGCAGGUUGCACUAAGUUCAGUCUCGAUGCUCUGCACAGGCGACGGAGGAUCUAGAGAGAGCGCUUGGAAUACAAGCGGCAGUAAAACAGAAAUUGCUGCGAUUGAAGUAUGUCAACCAAAAAUCGUGACCGAGGACUUGUCGUCGUCUUCUGAUAGUCUAAGUAGCUUGAAGCUUAGCAGGAGAGUCAGUUUUCCAACUAAACAAAUUGAGUUUGUGGAUACGACUUUCAGCAAAUGCGAGUAUGAUAGAUCCAGCCUUAUUCUGUCACCGCUUACGGCUUCUAAACACCGUCAGAUCAUGAACGAAUUAUAUAUCUAUCGCAAGUACGAGAUGGACGUGUUUCGAACUACAUCUUCAGCAUGACACGCUGCACGGGGGUUUGGCCUAUAAUGCGAACCUGGUUGUGUGGUAAAAAUUAUAGACAUUGUCACGAAUACUGCUACACUAUCGUCGCUACCCAAUAUUCCGCCAAGAAGCAGCGAUCACUCCACGAUAUACUAUGGAGUAAAGACCUGGCAGAAGAGAGAUUAACGUAGCGAAUCGAAAAUGCAAGAAGCAGGAAGGUUUGUAUCGGUGUUUCUCUAUGCACGGGUGAGAUGAACGCAGAGGUGGCUGUGCAAAAUUUACGACAGGAUCCAAGAGAUUGUGCUGAUAAAUUAAUCGAAUCUCCACAGACAGCUUAUUACCUGGUAGGUUGAAGGGUACCUACUCCAUAACCCUUAAACGAGAGCAUCACGUUAUCGAUAACAACACGUGCCUUGCCUCCGAGCAUGUUUCCCCGCACGAACCUCGUCCAUCAGUAGAACCGCACGUUAAUACUUUCAGAGGUCUGAUAUCCGGCACUUUAAAUAUAUUCAUGUACGCCGCAAAUUGUCCGAUCGCCGGAUGCGCCAUGCUAGCGGAUUAUUGAUAGGAUAGUCAAUAUACAAGUACCUAUUCAUAAUGUACCGCUUGAGAUCUAAUGAAAGUAUGACAACCUGGGACAAAAUACUGACUAGGAGAAUCAAAAGUAAAAUUGACAAUUCAUGCA